AACACUCACACACAGACGCAUAAACGUUCAUACUAACAGGUCAGUUGGUCUGUCAGCCUGGAGCUGCCUCUCACACAGUAACAGUUCUCAUGGCUCUAUGGAGUACCUCAGUCCUCUACCUUUCUCUCUUCUUGGUGGUGGAUGGUUGGCAUGAUCUGGAUAACACAGAGUAUGACUGUUGGCCAAUAGAUAACCCUAAUGACUACAACAUGAUCAACUGUGGAGGACUGGAGAUGGCCUGGGUGCAGCGACCUCCAGAGAAGGUGACUGAUGGAGAGGAAUUCAAUGUGACGUACACUGUGAUAGCACCGGAUUCCUUUUAUGAGUAUGCAGUCAAGAACAAGAUCUUCCAGUUCAGCAAUGCUUCAGAAGCCAAAAGAUUCUGCCAUGAACAUGACUGCCCUGCCAACUGGAACAAUGCCAACGAGAUCAACUGCUGUGUUUACCAUGCCAACAUCCACUCCUGCCCUCUUGCCCUCAUGAGGCAAGGAGGAAUCUGUGGACCAUGGAUCCCUGAUGACGGCAAGAUAGUGACACACACAGUGUCCAAAGCAGGAAAGAUGAGUCAGCAGCUCUGGACUUCAAAGGUGGUUCUGGUCCAUGUGGGAGUGACCUCAGUUAUCGCUCAUAUCAAAAUAGGACAAAUGCAUGCAGCGCUGGAGUCCAAGGUGCUGGUUGUCAGUGCCCAAGUGUGCGGGGAUGAUGUUUGUGAGUUGGAGGAGAGCUGUCUCAACUGCCCAGCAGACUGUGGCGUCUGUCCAAUGUCCAUUACCAUCAAGGUGGCCAUCGGACUGCCGGUCGCCCUCUUCUGUUGUGGUUUCAUCUUAACCAUGGUGUGGCUCCAGUAUCAGAAACAAAAGAUGUUUUGGGAUGAAAGCUGGAUCAUCAGUUAUAAGAACAUAAUGUUUGGAAAAGCAUGUUACAUGGGCUUCUGCAGCACCACCAGUCUACAACCGGUUAAGAGUCACUCCAGUGUCAGCCGAACUACUGAUGUGACUGUAUGUACUGUGGUCAACAAUACCUUCAAACAGGGCUUCAUUCAACCUGGCAUCUAUGAUGGGAGAACUGUAGCAGUGAAACACAUCCAAAAGAAACAUUUCACUCUCACAAAAACAGUUAGGAAGGAAGUGAAAGAAGUAAGGGAAUUGGAUCACCCUAACCUCUCUAAAUUCAUUGGUGGAUCGACUGAAGUUCCCUAUGUCAGUAUUAUAACUGAGUACUGUCCUAAAGGAAGUCUUGCUGAUGUCCUACUCAAUGAGGACAUCCCUAUCAACUGGGGAUUCAGGUUGUCCUUCGCCACUGACAUAGCACGAGGCAUGACUUAUCUUCACCAACACAAAAUGUUUCAUGGGAGACUUCACUCAAGGAACUGCAUCAUUGAUGACCGCUGGGUCUGCAAGAUCUCAGACUAUGGGCUUACAGCAUACAGAAAGGAGGACUUUGAGGCAGGCAGCAAUGGGUUCCACUGUGUGGAUAUCUACCGUAUAUACUGCGCCCCCGAGGUCCUUCUGGGAAGCAGCUCCAGUAUCACUCCAGCGUCUGACAUUUACAGUUACUCUAUCAUCCUAGUUGAGAUUGCUACUCGCUCUGACCUUAUCUCAGACCAAAAUGAAGGGGUCAAAAUGGAUAUCAUGUGGCGGCCUCCACUGCCUGAAAUGAAAGCUGGGAAAGCGGACACCGACUGUCCUAAUCGAGGAGACUACUGUGAGCUAAUCAAGAAGUGCUGGUCCCAUAACCUCACUUUGAGGCCAACGUUUGACCAGGUGAAGAAGAUACUGGAUAAGAUGAACCCACACAAAGUUAGCCCUGUCGACAUGAUGAUGAACCUGAUGGAGAAAUACAGCAAGCAUUUGGAGGCCAUUGUAGCUGAAAGAACACAGGAUCUUCUUCAAGAGAAACAGAAGACGGAUCGCUUACUUUACAGUAUGCUACCAAAGCCAGUGGCUGAUGACCUCCGGCAGGGUCGUACAGCAGAGGCACAGAGCUACUCCAACGCAACAGUCUACUUUAGUGACAUAGUGGGUUUCACACAGCUGUCUGGUGCCAGUACUCCCCACCAAGUGGUAAACUUUCUCAACCAGCUCUACACAACCUUUGAUGACAUAAUUGACAAUUACGACGUGUACAAAGUGGAGACAAUUGGGGAUGCUUACAUGGUUGUUUCUGGUGUUCCAAAUGAAAACGGCAUAAACCAUGCAGGUGAAAUUGCCAGCAUGGCCUUGGACCUGGUCAAUGUUUGCCAUGCCUUCAAAAUCCCCCACAAACCCACCACCCAGCUGAAGAUACGAGCAGGCAUCCACUCAGGACCUGUUGUAGCAGGUGUUGUAGGGACCAAAAUGCCUCGGUACUGUUUAUUUGGUGACACGGUGAACACGUCUUCACGGAUGGAAUCAACAAGUGAAGCCCUUAAAAUACAGGUAAGUGGAGAUACUGCUGAGCUGCUUCACACUCUAGGAGGGUAUGUCCUGACUUGCAGGGGAUCACUGAAUGUCAAGGGUAAAGGUGAUAUGACAACAUGGUGGCUGGAAUCAAAGAGAGAAGAGGAUACAGACCCUGUGCUUAAAGCAGCUGACUUCAGGAGUGUCCCUGUACCAGUUAGCAACUAGUUAACUAGCCAUAUGUACCACAGUAGGUUUUACCGAGUUCAAUUUGAGUAUUGUUCAAUUAAAACCUGACAUAUACAGUUUCCAGAGCUUUAAGACUCCUAUAGCUACAGUAUGUUGAGAAUCUGAUCUGUGGAAAGUACAUUCAUUGGUAUUGUGUUAGUAUUUGUGUAUGUAUUCUAACUGGAAAAUUGAUGAAGAGAUGCAAACAACAAGGUAUUAGAAUCAGUCACUCUCAUAUUGUACCUUUAUCUGGGUACCCAUCUGAUUGUCUUAAGGAAAGUAACAUAAUAUUUUAGGUUACACAAAGUAAGCACCUCUAAAAUAAUUCACAAUAAUAGGCACUGUAUACAGGCAUACUGUAUAGUGAGUUGAAAUUGAUAUCAUGUGGCAGAACAAGUAAAUAAAAUGCAUUUAAUUGUGUCAUUAGCAUUUAAAGAUGUACAUACAGUUACCAACUGAUAAUUGCUGUGUUUCCAUGUUAUUACAAUGCAUUACUAUGGUGGUGUAGUGAAAGUAGUAGUCAUUUUGUAUUUUCACACAUCUCAUGAUUAAAGAACUACCAAAAAUAAGUAAAAUAUGUAAAUUAAGUAGAAUUGCUCCACUUCUGUUGAUUUGCAUUUACUCUCAAGUAGGCCUACAAGUGAAGUAUUUUAAA